AGCGUCUGUAAAUCUAAACAAAGCGUUUUAAGAACUAGACGAACAUAACACGACGACAACUAACAAAUUAACACGACUUAACGAUUUUCCUCUAAAAUGUUGCUCAAGACAAUUAUUUUAAUUGGUGGACCAAUGAAAGGAACCAGAUUCCGUCCUCUCUCCCUGGAAACUCCAAAGCCUCUCUUCCCAGUGGCAGGAUUUCCCAUCAUACAUCACCACAUAGAGGCUGCUGCAAAGGUUGAAGGUAACAAGGAGGUCAUUCUGAUAGGAUUCUUCCAGCCCAAUGAGGCCCUCAACAAGUUCAUCAACCAAGCCCAGUUGCAGUUCAAAGUCCAGAUCAGGUACCUUCAAGAGUACACUGCCCUGGGCACCGCAGGAGGCAUCUACCACUUCAGGGACCAGAUUCUCGCAGGAAAACCCGACUACUUCUUCGUGAUGAACGCCGACGUGUGCGGGGACUUCCCUUUGCAGGAGAUGCUGGACUUUCAUAGGAGCAAACCUUCGGGCACAUUCUGUACCAUUCUGGGUACGGAGGCCACCAGACAGCAGUCGCUGACAUAUGGGUGUAUUGUGGAGAACAAGGCCACCCAUGAGUCAAAGUCUUUGGCUGGUCAGAUCAUGCACUACGUUGAAAAGCCAGAAACGUUUAUCAGCACAACCAUCAACUGCGGCAUCUACUUGUGCUCCCCGGCAAUAUUCUCUCCCCUUGAAAUUGAGUUCAAGAAAAAUUUGGAACAGAAUUACAAUUGUGAUCAAGACCAUCAGAGAGUUGGUUAUGACUACACUACUGCCCCAGCCAAGGAGGUGAUCCGUAUGGAGCAGGACAUCUUUGUACCCCUCGCCUCCUCGGGGAAGUUGUAUGUUUACCAGACUGAGCGCUUCUGGAGCCAGAUCAAAUCUGCAGGGGCAGCAAUAUACGCGAACAGACACUAUCUGAAGCUUUACCGCAAAACCCACCCAGAGAGGCUGGCGAAGAACGGUGCUGGAAAACCACAGAUAAUUGGCGAUGUUUUCAUCCACCCAUCUGCACAAGUCAAUGAGACAGCUGUGUUGGGCCCCAAUGUCACAAUAGGCAAGAACUGUAUGCUGGGAGAUGGGGUGAGAGUUCGAGACUCAGUGGUGUUGGAUGGGGCGGUAUUACAGGACCAUUGCUGCAUUCUGGACAGCAUCAUAGGCUGGAAUUCCACCAUUGGGGACUGGACUCGCAUUGAAGGAACCCCAAAUGAUCCAAAUCCCAACAAACCCUUUGCAAAGAUGGAGGCAAUAUCCACGUUCACUUUUGAUGGAAAAUUGAAUCCAUCCAUCACAGUCAUAGGCUCUGAUGUGCAGGUGCCUUCAGAGGUGAUAAUCCUCAACUCAAUUGUCCUGCCCAAUAAGGAACUCUCAGGCUGCUACAAGAACCAGAUCAUCCUCUAGACUGUACUCAAGGAAAUAGGCCUGGGCCCGUUUUAACCUUUUCCCUCUUAGAUAUGUUUUUUUAUGCAUUUGUAGUCCCUCAGAAAGUUUAAUUUAUUUAAAUUUAUGUAAAUACCUUUCUUACUAGAUUCAAAUUUUAAAGGCUUAAUUUCCAACCCUCAGAUACUGAUGAGCAGCAAACAGCAUAAAACCUGAACUUACUGCGAGUUACUCGCAGGCUGUUCUGGUUUUAUGCUGGUUGCAAAAGCCAUUUCUACUUUGCUUCUAUUGGGGGAAAGGGAUAACCAACCCAGUCUUAGACUUAAGAAUAAAGAACAGACUUUAAAGUUUCUCAAAAAAAAAUCUUCAGAGUUUGAAUACAUGCGGGCAAUAAAUGCUGAUUAUAUUAGUAAGAAUCUGUUCUAAAUAAAUAAUGAUGUAAUUAUAGGUGUUAGAUGCCAAGUGAGUCUCAACUUUCAAGUACUUAUAAAACAUAUAUGUAAGAGUUUUCAAAAUAUUGUUUAUUUUUUAAAGUUAAGUCUAAGAAUCUGUUGGUGAAUGCAGGCCCAAAUGAUAGAUGUUCUUUUGUGUUUGUUUUACGAUGUGAAGUACUUGUGUACUGAAAUGCAUAAUAAUAAUGUAGAUGAUCGUCUUAUAAAGAAUUAGUUCACAUUACAAAACACACUCAUAACUAAAUAAAUCCAGCUGAUAUAUAGAUUCAUGUAUAGAUUCAUGUACAUUGAUAUAUAGAUUCAUGUACAUUGAUAUACAUGUAUAGAUUCAUGUAUAUGUGCAACUUUUUAAUGCUUACUAAUUACUCGUGAAUGCAUAAUCCGAAUACCUGCAUAAUUGCUUUAUUAACACAUCAAAGGGCUUUUGAUUGUCUUGGGGGUCGACUAUUAGUCAGAAAUGUUAUUUAAUUUGAACAUUUGUGUUUAUGGUGACUUCACGUUAGAAACACACACUAUCUGAUGUAUUAUUAGGUUCAAGUCAUGUUUUAAAUAAAUGUCUUGGGCUUUGGCUUCUUUCUAAUAAAUGUCAAUAUUGUAUUCCUUGCUUGUUCUGGGAAAGAUUUUUUAUUUUCAUUUUGUAUAUUAUGGCAUAUUAAUUUAUGUAUAUUAAUUUAACUUAUCUGUAAGUGUAUGUUUUUAUGCCCCUGGUAGGGUGGCAUAUAGCAGUUGAACUGUCAGUCCGUUUGUCUGUGUGUCUGUCUGUCCGAAAACUUUAACAUUGGCCAUAACUUUUGCAAUAUUGAAGAUAGCAAUUUGAUAUUUGGCAUGCAUGUGUAUCUCAUGAAGCUGCACAUUUUGAGUGGUGAAAGGCCAAGGUCAUCCUUCAAGGUAAAAAAAUACAAUCCAAGGGAAGUAAUAAGAUUUAAAAGGGAGAUAAUUUCUUAAUCUGCUUAAUGAUAUAUUGAAAUUUUAUUUCAAAGCGGCACAAUAGGGGGCAUUGUGUUUCUGACAAACACAUCUCUUGUUCUACCUGUGAAAGUUUUCCUCAUGUUUUUUUAUGUAUCCAUGUUAUUUAUAUAGUCUAAUGGUAUUUAAACACUAUACCAUAUAAUAAUGAAUAAGCAUAUUAGAAUUCUAUAUUGUUAAAAGAAAAUAAAUAUGUUCAAACAUUCACUUUAAGUAUUGAUUUCAUUUAUCGCAAAUAAACUUUAAUAAUACCA